CCACCUCUCGACCCCACCCCACCCGACCCGGGAGGGAGCCGCACACCCGCACGCGCACGGCGCCGCACAGCCCCCGCCUCCCCCGCCCCCGCACCACCCCUCGAGCCGACGAGCCCCGGCACCCAAUGGCGGCGGCCUUCAUCGCCCUGGCGUCCGCGUGACAUGAUCCCUAGCCCCGUUGGGGUGGGAAUAUCCGCGCGCGCCCGAAUCGCACCCCCCAAGCCACCCCAAUCCUAGCCUCCCCACCGCGAAUCCUUCCUCCGUCUCUCUCCUCCUCCUCCACCGCCUCCAGGCGCGGGCGCGGCCGGCGGCCGCAGUUGGUUGCUCGAGCUCGCGUGGCCCGGGAUCGCUGGACAGGAAGGGGCUAAUCGGAGCUGUGCAUAGGGCUUUCUGGAUUUGAGUCGUGUCAUAUUCUCAGACUCACAGCUGAUCCAGUGAUCCUAACCACGCCAGCUUGAUCAGAGUCUCACACUGAGUAUGGCGCCUCCUGCUGCCGCACCGGGUGGCUCUGAGGCUGAGGGGGCUCCACGCAUGGCUAAAUUCCUCUGCAGCUUUGGAGGCAGUAUCCUUCCCCGCCCACUUGAUGGCUGUCUUCGAUAUGUCGGUGGUGAUACUCGGAUCGUCAUGCUGCCACGUGAUAUAUCGUAUGCUGACCUAGCGGCGCGGAUGAGAGAGCUUUACAAGGACGCUGAUAUCAUCAAAUAUCAGCAACCUGAUGAGGAUCUAGAUGCGCUGGUCUCGGUUGUGAAUGAUGACGAUGUGGUGAACAUGAUGGAGGAGUAUGACAAGGUCAUUGCAUCAGGGGAGGUUUUCACCCGGCUCAGGAUCUUCUUAUUUUCUCAGAAUUUGGAUGAUGAUGCUGCAUCAGCGGUUGUGCAUUACAAUGUAGAUGAGCGAGAAACUGAGAGAAGAUAUGUUGAUGCACUCAAUAGCCUUGGUGAUGUUAACACGCCUUCCUCCCCUGUAUCAGUGGAGCAGCUUUUUGGAAUUGUAGGCAAUGACUCUGGAAUUCCUGAUUUUGCUGGCUUGAGGCAUUUGAAUGUUCCUCGUCCAUCACAAAGUCAGAGUUACGGAGAAAUGGAUUCUCCUUGGAGCCCUGCGUACAUCUCACCUGGCCAGUAUGCAGUGCAUGAUCCUAGGGAUUUUCCCAUUUCACCAUCAUCUGCAAGGUUUCAAGUCGGAGCGGAGGAUUUUGAUGAGAGGAUUCCUGAUGAUUUUGUAAGGCAGUCACCAAAAUAUCGUCAUUAUGAGCCUCAGUCACCACCACACGUGGAUAAUUUAGUCUGGCUUCCACCUGGUGCUGUAAUUCAGCAAAAUGCAGGCUUUCCUGGUAAUUUGAGCCGUUCCAACAACUUUUUGGAUGGAAACAGUGUAUCCGAUCAUUGCCGUUCACCAUUCCACAAGGGUCAAGGUUCAGUGACUGAUCCUCGCUAUAUGGAUCCUCGUUGGACUCGCACUGUCCAACAACAUUUUGACCAACCAAGCAAGACUAGUGAAUACCCUGGUCACCCUUCUAAUUCUUGUUCAAAUUGCUGCCGCCCUGGUGAGCAUUAUGUGGGAGGUCAAGAUGUUAGAAUGGAAAAUGGUGUCUAUGUCAAAGAGCAAAAUGGUGGUCAUGCUCCCAUGUUUUAUAACGAGUCACAUUCACAUGAAAGAGUUCGGCAUGCACAUACCAGCCAAAGUCAUCAACGGUAUGAGGAUCCAAGGCUGCAUCUUCCUGGUAAUGGUAGAGUGAUUGAGUCAUACAUUGUUGAUACCAGCUCUGUGAAUUCUGCAUUUGCACCAAACAAAGUAUAUGAAAUACAUUCAGCAUCUCUUGGCCGUUCUAGCCAUGAAAGUCCUCACUACUUCCAUGGUAGUAGUGAGUUCAUAAAUGAUGCUUAUCACAACCAGCAAGUUGGAGGCAGUGGACCAUAUUUGCAGCCAGCAGGGUUUGAAGAAUCCCCUGGUCAGCAUUACAACCACUCUUCGACAUAUGGUGCAGAUUCCUUUUACCAAAUGCAACAGAAUUUGCCACCCAUUCAAUCUCUGAGGAGGAGAGCGAGCAGUCCUGUUCACGCUGCCUCACCAUAUGAUUCUCCACACCUGCCAAUGCCAAAUGGGAGCAUUAACACCAACUUUGUUAGAAAUACAGGUGAUGUUAGUCCGAGGAUACCAGGUCAACCUGCAUAUGAUCGAAUGCCAAACCCAUGGGCUCCUCCCAAUGGCAGCAUACCAUACAGAGUUGUUGGGCAUGAUGUUCCUGUUGCCAUGGAAAACACUAGUGCUCUUGGUCCUAGGUCUAAUCCAAUUACUGCUCAAUAUGUUCAACCUUUCAUUGCCCCUGAAUCAAUCCAGCAUCAACACGGAGCUCCAUCGAGGGACGUGAACCCUGAAAGAGCAUAUGCUGAACACAUGCCAUCAUCAUAUGUUGAUGGCAGAGUAGCUGUUUCUGCAUUGCCCCUUGCUGAUCAAUCAUCCAAGUUGGAUACUAAGACAAUGAAGAAACCAGGUCCAGAGGUUGAUAGCUCUACUCAAACUGUGAAUGAAGGAGCUCCUUUGCACGCUGUGGACGAACCAAGUACUCUACCCCACCAUGUUGGAGCUGUACGUGAAGUUGAUCCUAAGCUGGGGAAACCAACUGAGCAUGAAAGCAGAACAAAGCAACACGAAACUGGGGCGACAGCACUGCAGGAACGUGGGGACAUUUCAGAGGAUAGGUUAAAUUUCCUUCCUGAGUUGAUUGUCUCUGUUAAAAAGGCUGCACUGGAAGAUGCGACUCAGACACAUAUAGCCAAAUCAGAUGCUAAUGCUGCUGUUGCACCUGUUCCUGAUGAUGACGAUAAUAGAAAGAAGUUGGAUGUGGCAACUGCUGGUAAUACAGAUGCAAAUCAGGAUUCUGAUUUGCAUGGAAGCAAUGAUCAGCAGAAGAGCUCCAAGAUUGAGUCUACCACUGCUGAAGCUGAAGCUUUGUCUAAAGGACUACAGACUAUAAACAAUGAUGAUUUGGAGGAAAUUAGAGAGCUUGGUUCAGGUACUUAUGGGGCGGUCUACCAUGGUAAAUGGAGGGGAUGUGAUGUUGCCAUUAAAAGAAUAAAAGCGAGUUGCUUUGCUGGAAGACCGUCUGAGAGAGAGCGUUUGAUUGCGGAUUUCUGGAAAGAAGCCCAGAUCCUAAGCUCACUUCAUCAUCCAAAUGUGGUUUCAUUUUAUGGUGUAGUUCGUGAUGGUCCAGAUGGAAGCUUAGCAACAGUUACUGAGUUUAUGGUCAAUGGGUCUCUCAAGCAGUUCCUGAGGAAAAAAGACAGGACAAUUGAUCGCCGGAAGCGAGUAAUAUUAGCCAUGGAUGCUGCAUUUGGCAUGGAGUAUUUGCAUGGGAAGAAUAUAGUCCAUUUCGACCUGAAGUGUGAGAAUCUACUCGUGAACAUGAGGGAUCCACAGCGUCCAAUCUGCAAGAUCGGUGAUCUCGGACUAUCAAAGGUUAAACAACAUACUUUGGUAUCUGGUGGUGUUAGAGGAACCUUACCAUGGAUGGCACCAGAGCUUCUGAGUGGGAAAAGUAAUAUGGUGUCAGAGAAGAUUGAUGUCUAUUCAUUUGGUAUUGUCAUGUGGGAGCUGCUUACUGGGGAAGAGCCAUACUCUGAUAUGCGCGCUGCUGAAAUUAUUGGGGGCAUCGUGAACGAUUCUCUACGUCCUCAAAUACCCUCAUGGUGUGAUCCUGAGUGGAAGGCGUUGAUGGAAAGCUGCUGGUCCAGUGAUCCAACUGGGAGACCGUCCUUCACUGAUAUAUCUCAAAGGUUGAGGAAAAUGGCUGCUGCGAUGAAUGUGAAGUAAAGGCUCAGAAGCCCCUAAAGGGAUCGUGUGUGUGUUCCCACAUCCAAUAUAUGAUUACAAGAGGAAGGCAAAGUUUAAACCGGGUUAUAUGGAGUAAUUUUUUUUUCAAACGUCUUGGCAGCAUCUCAGUUUACCCUACUCCAAGUGAUAAUUUUAUUAAGUGCUUCGUGGAAGAAAAGUUUUGUCAUGGAAAUUCCAAAGCAUGCUUAAUGAACUUUUUAUCCUGGAGUAAUCAGCUAUCAUUUUGCCUGCCCCCUUAACAGUUUGCUAUAUAGGGUAUCAACUUGAUGGGAACUGUUGGACUGUAAUGUAAAUAAGUUUUGUUUUGCUUUAUCCGGCUGGCACAUGUUAGAUGUGCACAGUAAUAGGCACGGUUCAAAGGUGGACACAGCUAUCUUUUUCCCCCCUACAGAUUGUGUCCCUGGAGAGAUGGAACGAACUCGAAUAGAUAUCCUUGGUCAGAUUGUACAUAGUUUAUGAAUAAGGGUUCUGUAUUGUUUUUUCUGUAUAUAUCAUCAUUAUUUCCAGUUUGAACUCACAUGCUUAUUUACAUC